AUGCAGAGUUCACCUAGGAAGCGUUUGACAGUGAAUAUUUUUAGCAACUUUUUUCAAGGCCGGAGACAUUCUUCUUCUGAUCCUCUUCUCCGCAUACUCCACAGGCGACGGAGCUCAGUUGUAGAGGUUCUCUCAACUUCUACCCAUAGGGUUAUGGUAGCCAUUUCCUCUGUAAGCCCUGAGGAGCUAAAUACUGCUUUCCUUGAGAAAAGAAGAAGACCUAGGCGUCCAACUGCAAAAUACACUAAAGUUGGAGAACGCCUUCGCCAUGUAAUUCCUGGUCAUAUGCAAUGCUCCAUGGCAUGUGGUGGACGUGCUUGCAAAUAUGAAAAUCCAACUAGGUGGAGUGAGGAGGAACAGGCUGUUAAAGGACUUUACUCAUCCUGGGUAACAGAUAACAUAUUAGCCAUGUCUCGACCAUCAACGGAAAUUAUUGAGAAGUAUAAUAUUAUUGAGCAGUUCCAAAGAUGUGGUAUAAAAACAGUAAUUAACCUUCAGCGUCCUGGGGAACAUGCUAGCUGUGGGAAUCCACUGGAACAAGAAAGUGGUUUCACUUACCUUCCUGAAGCUUUCAUGGAGGCGGGAAUUUAUUUUUAUAACUUUGGAUGGAAGGAUUAUGGUGUGGCUUCUUUCACUACUAUCCUCGAUAUGGUAAAAGUGAUGACUUUUGCCUUACAGGAAGGAAGGGUAGCUAUUCAUUGCCAUGCUGGACUUGGCCGAACAGGUGUUUUAAUAGCUUGUUACUUGAUUUUUGCAACAAGAAUGACUGCAGAUCAAGCAAUUGUUUAUGUUAGGACAAAGAGGCCUAACUCAGUUCAAACUAGAGGGCAGCUGUUGUGCGUAAGGGAGUUCUCGCAGUUCUUAAUUCCAUUAAGGAAUGUUUUUGCUUCUUGUGAGCCUAAAGCCCACACAGUUACUCUUUCUCAGUACCUGAUCCGACAGCGACAUUUGCUUCAUGGUUAUGAAAGCAGACAUCUCAAGUAUGUGCCAAAACUUGUUCAUUUGGUUUGCAAACUGUUGUUGGAUUUGGCUGAAAACCGGCAAAUGAUAGAAGAGGAAGUAGUAGAUAUACCAGAUCUGUCAGCUGAAAUAGAAGAGACUGUUUCCCUGUUAGAUAACACGGAUCUUGAUGAAGAGCUAACAAGGCAAGACAGUAGCACCUCAGAGCCAUUUUCCCCCUCAGGAUCAGCUGCUCUUCAGUUAGGCGGUCGUGAAUGUGAUCUUCUUUGGAGGCGAAGGAACGUGGAAUACCUUCAGCCUCUGCGUCAUGCAAAAAGGCGCAUGAGCUACAGUGAAUCAGAUUUAAGGAGAGCUGUAUAUGUCUCUGAGCAGGGAGAGACACCGUGGUCAGUGCCUGUGCAAGUGUCACUCUGCAACAAACUAAACCAAAAGAACAAUGAGGACGAUUUACUAACUCUCCGGUCUGAGAUAAACAAAGAACUGUUAGUUCGAAGUACAUUUAUUUUCUGGAGUCAGGGUAAAUUUAAUUUAGAUGGGAAAGGACGUAGUUCUCCACUUUGCUAUAGAAAGAGACAUUCUAGAGGAGUACAUCGCAGUCAAACAUUUUCUUCAGGCCUUAGAUGUGAUCAGGAGGAAGACGAUGAGGAAGACGAUGAAGAGCUAAAAGCGUUGAACUACCACUGUCGCAGAAAAUCUAGUAUGUACGGUAGGAGAACAUGGUCCUCUGAGGACUCAGACUCUUCCAAAGCAGAGCGUGACAGCCGUGACUUUAGAGAACUCUGUGAAUCGAUCCCCCAUAUUGUUGUGCAGUCAGAACUAACCCUGGAGGCUCGAAGAAUUUUAGCGGCUAAAGCCCUUGCAGAUCUAAAUGAAUUUAUGGGAGCAGAAGAAGUGAAGAGCAAGGUGGAAAAGUGGCAGAAAGAAUUAAAUUCUCAGAAUGGAGCCUGGGAGAGGAUAUGUGCUGAGAGAGACCCUUUUAUCCUCAGUGGUCUGAUGUGGUCUUGGAUAGAGCAACUAAAAGAACCUGUCUUAACUAAUGAUGAUAUUGACUUACUCGCAAAAAAUUGCAUAGACUCUCAAGAAGGACUUAAAUUGCUAGAAAAGGGAAAAUAUCAUACUGUGUUAUGUAUUUUAAAAUGUGUGGUGAAUUUACGGGCAAUACCAACAGAUUUGGAAGAACUUCUUCUUGAUCGUGCCAUCAAAGCAUUCACAAAGAUGAAUUCUGAUUCUGAGGGUGGCCCGUAUGUUUACAACACUCUAAGGAACGUUUUCAAACAGAUACUGGAACACCAAAGACAAAAUUGCACAGAAGGAACAGGAAAGCCUGUCUGAUGUUUACUCUUCUAAGCUGUAGUUCUCUGCAGCCCUCCAAAACGACCUUUCAUUGCCAGCUAUUAUAAUUUGUAUUGUUUUGUUUAUGUUAACUAAAUCUAAGUUGAUGUUGAUUUUUAAAUAACUGCAAUACACACACACACACACACACA